AUGGUACAGCAGUUUUUAAAACGGCACCCAGACCUCAUCCCUAGACAGCCUCAAAAUUUAACUUCAUCCAGAGCUUCAGUCACAACGUCACAGUUAAAGAAUUGGUUUAACGAAGUCAGCACCUAUCUUGAAGAAAACAAUUACACAAAUAUUUUGGUUGAACCUCAUCGAAUUUUUAAUAUGGAUGAGACUGCAUUUUUGAAUCCGAAAGGGAACAAGGUACUAGCAGCUAAAGGCGAAAAAUCGGUGUACCAGCAAGUUAACUCGGACGAAAAAGAAUGUUUCACAGUUCUUUUAGGUGGUAAUGCUGCUGGUGAAGUUCUACCGCCCAUGGUUAUUUUUAAGUAUUUAAGAAUGCCAAGAGAAUUAAGCUUGUCUGUUCCUGUAACUUGGGGUAUUGGACGGUCCGACAGUGGUUGGAUGACGAUGGAGACAUUUUUUGAAUAUAUCUGCAAUAUAUUUGAUAAAUGGUUGAAUGACAAUGGUAUUCAAAAACCAGUCAUACUUUUUAUGGAUGGGCACACAUCACACAUAUCAUUCCACGUGAGCAAGUAUUGUUCGGAAAAUGGGAUAAUCCUAAUUGCUCUCUUUCCUAAUGCCACUCAUCUCUUACAGCCCAUGGAUGUAGCUAUUUUCAGAAGCUUAAAGGGCGCCUGGAAAACUGCUGUGCAGUCUUGGCGUUUAGAGCACAUUGAUUCCCCAAUUUUGAGAAAAACUCAUUUUUGUCCUUUGCUAAACAAAGUACUUAAAGACACAUUAUCACCUGAAAUGUUUCAAAACGGGUUUCGUAAGUGUGGACUCUCACCCUGGAAUCCUGAUGAAGUGUGCGGUGCACCAGAACAACCAACAGAUGAAUUCAUGGCAUUACGAAAAAUUACGAAAAUUAAAGAACUGGAAAUGGGCCUUAAAUUCCUGGACAAAUAUAUUGCUUCAGAAAAAAUUGACGAAAAUAUUGGAUUGUUUCAAUUUUAUAAAAAGAUUGAAGACCUACUAACAAAAACUAAAGAAGUCUUACCACCAACUGAAAUUAUCUCUACCUUGAAUAAUUCUACAUCAGAACGAGGCAGUACAACUCAAAUAUUACCACCGCUUAAUACAGUCCCGAGUUGCGAUCCAUUGACAAUGCCAUCUACAUCACAAGCUACAACUUUGGAUUUUCCGUUCCAAUAUUUACCCCUAAAUGAAGACCCUAAAACUCCCUGCAAAGAAGUCUAUGAAAGCACUACUCAAAAUCUCGAAGGCACAAUAAACACAGGAUCAUUGAUAGAACCACCUAUAUCAAGUCAUUUAUAGGCCACAAGAAAGUUGUUCAAAGAAUUCAGAUAAUAUGAUAAUACCUAGUCCAUUUAAAAGAGCAUUGUUUUGGCCAACUCCUAAACAAAACUCAAAAGGAAGAAAGAAAGAAAAAGUGCCAUCUGUUGUAUCAUCUUUGGAAUGGCAAAGAUACCAUGAAAACAAACUGAAGAAAAAGACUGAAUUAGAGAAUGAGAAAAAAAGAAGAGCUGAGGAAAGGAAAAAAAAGAAAGAAGAGACUGAAAAGGCACGAAAACUUAAGACUGAUAAGAAGUUAUUAAAGAAAAGUAAAAAUAUUUUAAAAAACAAACUUAAAUAGACUGACUAUGAUAGCUCAACUACUGAAGAAGAGUGGGUAGAAUCUGGAGAUAGUGUGAAUGAUAUUUCUGAUGAAGUCACUGAUGAGGAAAACGAAGAAGAAAGAAACGAGAAAGAAAGGAAUGAGGAAGAAAGAAAUAAGGAAGAAAGUAGAAUUAAGCAAGGUGACUAUGUUAUCGUUAAGUUUCCUGUCAAAAAGAGAUAUUACAAAUAUGCUUGUAUUGUCCAAAAAGUAACUAAAACAGAAAUUGAAGUUAUGGCAAUAGUAGCAUGUGAUGAGUCUAAAACAGUAUUCAAAGAAAAUGAUAGGGAUAUCAGUGCUAUAAUUAAAUCUCAAAUAAUUGAAGUCCUUGAUGUACCAAAUAUGAUUAUAACUGGUGAUAGAAUAAAGUACAAAUUUGAUAGUGCCUUAGAAGUUGAUGGAUAAGUAAUUAUUAUCUAAGUUAAUUAAUUAAGUAUAUCAAGCACACUGAUGCCCUUAAAACUCCAACUGCAUUAAUUAAAUAUUAGGUAUGUCAACUAUUAGUGCAUUUGACUGUCUACUUAUGGUGAUUGUCUUUUUUUGUGAUGUUAUCUAGUAGUACUUAAGACAAUAUAAUAAAAAUAAUUAAUAAUAAUUUAAGUAUGUUGAUUAUUGAAAAUUUUAUUACUUAAGAUAAUUCUCUAAGAUACACUGCGUUCAUAUAAACAGCUGUAAUUGUUUUGUUUUAAUAAAUAUAUAAUUAAUAUGUCUAUAUAAACAGUGUUUUCAUUAAAGUGUCGAGCAUUAGUGACUUUACCUUAAUCAUUUUUAUUACUUACAAUAAUGUGAUAACAUAUUUUCAACACAUUAUGCUCUAAAUAUUAAGCAGAAUUAAACAAAAUAUACUUAAUACUACUUUAUUUUAGGGGACAAUGGAUAUCCACAACGACCAUGGUUGAUGACUCCAAUUUUAGAUGCUGCACCCAACUCUUCAGACUCCAAUUACAACACAAAGCACAUGGAAGCUAGAGUUGUAAUUGAGAACAAAUUUGGGAGACUGUAAAAUCGAAUAAGAACAGAACUCUUCAUUACAAGCCAUUAAAAUGUGCUCAAAUUAUACAGAAAUGUUGUGUGUCACAUAACAUACAUAGGUAUUAAUUGCGGAACAAUAGAACAGGAAGAAAUCCUAGAUAUCGAUAAAAAAAAAACUACUCAAUCCUAUAACUAUCAUGUUUGUUACAUGAUAAUAAUAUUGAACUCAUUUAUUUGUAGGAUUGGAGAAUGAUGAUCAAUCAAAACUAUGAGAUCAUAACAGUGCCAGAAACGAAAUAUGCCUCCACAAGAGAGAAUGUUUCCUA